AAAAGGAAAGAGAGAGAGAGAGAGAGAGAGAGAGAGAGAGAUGGCGACGGCGAAGCUGAGCGCUCCGGCGAGCCAGUGGGCGAUCGGCGGCCGGAAUCCGGCGGAUCUCCGGCGAUCCACCCUUCUUCCGGCGGCGUCGCCUCGCCGCGUCGCUGCCGCGCCGAUCCGCGCCGGGUCCUACUCCGACGAGCUCGUCCAAACCGCCAAAUCCAUUGCUUCCCCUGGCCGUGGAAUCCUUGCAAUUGACGAAUCAAAUGCUACAUGUGGGAAGAGGCUUGCAUCGAUCGGUCUGGACAAUACUGAGGCGAACCGUCAAGCAUACAGACAGCUUUUGCUGACCACCGGUGGUCUGGGUGAAUAUAUUUCUGGGGCCAUCCUUUUUGAGGAAACUCUUUACCAGUCAACGACAGAUGGAAAGAAGUUUGUUGAUUGCUUGCGCCAUGAGAAUAUCAUGCCCGGUAUCAAAGUUGACAAGGGUCUGGUUCCCUUACCUGGCUCAAAUAAUGAGUCGUGGUGCCAAGGAUUGGAUGGAUUGGCUUCAAGAUGUGCUGAAUACUACAAGCAAGGAGCUCGUUUUGCUAAAUGGAGAACCGUCGUCAGUGUUCCUAACGGUCCCUCUGCUCUCGCUGUUAAGGAGGCUUCAUGGGGACUUGCUCGAUAUGCUGCAAUUGCUCAGGACAAUGGUCUUGUGCCGAUUGUGGAACCUGAGAUUCUCCUCGACGGAGACCACCCAAUUGAAAGGACGCUCGAGGUUGCCGAGAAGGUUUGGGCGGAGGUGUUCUUCUACCUGGCCGAGAACAACGUGAUGUUCGAGGGCAUCCUGCUGAAGCCGAGUAUGGUGACCCCCGGCGCUGAACACAAGGAGAAGGCUUCUCCCGAGACCAUUGCGAAGUUCACGCUCACUAUGCUGAAGAGGAGGGUCCCACCUGCCGUUCCUGGAAUCAUGUUCCUGUCCGGGGGACAGUCCGAAGUGGAGGCGACGCUAAACCUGAACGCGAUGAACCAAUCCCCCAACCCGUGGCAUGUCUCCUUCUCCUACGCACGCGCUCUCCAAAACUCGGUGCUCAAGACGUGGCAGGGGCGCCCCGAGAGCGUGGAGGCCGCGCAGAAGGCGCUUCUCGUUCGCGCCAGGGCCAACUCCCUGGCCCAGCUCGGCCGCUACUCCGCCGAGGGGGAGGGCGAGGAGGCCAAGACCGGCAUGUUCCAGAAGGGCUAUACCUACUAAAUAAACAAGCCGUCGGGAUCAUCGCCGUUCAAUUCCUACUCUUCCAUUCUAAAUGUAGGUAGGGUAUUUUGAAAAUCACGUCGAGAUGAGAAGCGGUGUUUUGCGGUGGUUAGUUAUGUCCUAUUGUUUGCAUUAAGAUUAUGGAGUUCUGAAAAAGCAGAGAAUAAGUGCUACUUGGUUAUGCUGGCAUUGCAGCAGUGGGAUAUGGUGCCGCUGAUAUUAAUUACAGUAGCUAUUGCCUUUUGUUUGAGAAGUUUUUAACUGCUGUUUUCGAAAACAUGAUGGCACUCGAUGUUGUUUCACUUGUGAGAGUGAUCUCCCUUGCUGGUCUUGAUAAUUUUAUCCUAUUUUCGAGGAGUUAAAAUAAUGUCCUUUUUUUUUUUC